CAACUUUGCUUCUUUUUCCUUGCAUUAAAUAAUUAUAAGCAUAUAUAGCCCUUUGAGGAAGUUGGCCAACGGUUAACUUCCCUCCAAACAAACCCUUUGUGAUUCCCUUGGAAUCAAAGCAAAGUUUCAGACUUUCACAUAGUUUGAUACUUGGUCACCUUUCUGAAACCCAAACCUUACCUUCCUAUGACACAUGCUUCAUACCAUCCUCUUACCCUUCUAGAAUUUGUUAUAUAACACUCUUCUUCAGCUUUCCGUGCACCAUGUGUUUGAUGAAAGGUUCAUGUUGUUGAAGCUUUGGUUUUGUGUUUGAGGAUACUGGUUUUGUUUUGUUUUGUUGCUGAGUUUAAGGCGGUGAAGAGUGUAGACCCCAUAAAGGGGAAGUUUGAAUCAAAUAUUCAAGGUUCUAGUUCCAUCCCAAAGCAACUCUGCCACCUGGGGUGCUUCAGUUUCAAGUUCUUAUGAAGUAAAGCUAACACCUUUUGGAAUCAGUUCCUGGGAAAAGAUUCACAUAGAAGACUUUAUCCCUUAUGCAUGCCUUUUUUACAAGUUUACAUGGAUUCUUAACAUAUAGAGGCAAAAGGGGUAUUCAGGAUUCUUUUUUCAUUUCAUGUUUGUCGAAUUUGUGAGGAUUUGAUUCGAGUGCAGAGAGAAUAUAUAUAUACAUAUAUGUUUCCUAUGAAUUCUAGGUGCUUCCUUCCCCAAGAGUCCUUAUUCAUCAACUCUGGCAGCAUGGCUUCAUUUUCUUCAAAUUCUGCAGCAGCAGCAGCAGCAGAAGAUAGCAGGGUGAAUAGUACCAGAAACCGGCCUCUUCCACGUGCCUCCCCGCCGUCGUUUAUGGUUCAGACGGCGAUGAGGGUAUCGAGAGCAAGAUGGUUUACCUUCUUGAGAAGAGUGUUCCAUUACCAAAAUGGAUCAAGGUCAAACCUUGGCUCUAAUCCUUUCAAUACUAGAACAUGGAUGAUGAUGGAGUUUAUAGCUUUAGUGGUUCAGAUAAUUACUAUAACAUUCACUUUGGCUAUUUCAAAAAAGGAGAGGCCUGUUUGGCCUAUGAGGAUUUGGUCAGCUGGUUAUGAUAUUGGUUGUUUUCUUAAUCUGCUUCUACUUUAUGGCCGGUACCGGCAAAUUUGUGCAACUCAAGGAGAUGUUCUUAGCUUUUCUGAUAUUGAACAGCAGAGAAACAAUGAAGAAACCAGUGUAUACAGGAUUUCCCAUUUGAUGAACAAGUGCAGGACUUCACUUGAGCUUUUCUUUGCAAUUUGGUUUGUGAUGGGAAAUGUUUGGGUCUUCGACUCGCGUUUUGGAUCCUUUAUCCAAGCUCCAAAGCUCCAUGUUCUUUGCAUCACACUGCUUGCAUGGAAUGCAAUAUGCUACUCUUUCCCUUUCCUUCUGUUUCUGCUCCUGUGUUGCUGUGUGCCUCUAGCUAGCAGGCUCCUUGGCUACAACAUGAACAUGGGAUCUUCGGACAAAGGAGCAUCUGAUGAUCAAAUCUCACAACUUCCAAGUUGGAGAUACAAAGAAUCACAUACAAAGUUAGAGUUAGGCAACAAGGAUUUCGAAGGCAGCGAGAAGUUGAUCAACGAGGACUCAGAAUGCUGUAUUUGCUUAGCCAAGUAUAAAGAUAAAGAAGAAGUUAGACAAUUGCCAUGUUCCCAUGUGUUCCACCUUAAAUGUGUGGAUCAAUGGCUAAAAAUCAUAUCAUGUUGUCCCCUUUGCAAACAAGGACUAGAGAAGUAGAUAAUUAGAAAUAGCUGAUACAAAAGUUCAAGAGGACCAAUAUUAUUUGGUCAUAUGUAUACUCUUUGAGAUGGUUACCUUCACAGUUUUUUUCUUUUUUUUCUCUAUAAUAUACUUUAUUUGGUUCACUUGAGUGAGUUUUUGUAUAUAUACAGAUAGCUCACCAGUGACCAAAAACUACACUUUACUGUAAUACUCUGUUUUAAGGAAUGAAUCCCCAUAACUUUCCUGUGCAUUAUUUUUUUUUCCCUGUACUAUUAUCUGAAAAUUCUGUAUUGAAAUAGUGAAGCAAAUAUAUUAUAUUAGUUCCAAAUAAUCAAAUUUCCUCUAUUUUCUUA